AUGGAUCCCUCAGCUGGUGCUAGCUUGAGUGCUAGCAGAUUCUGCUUAGCUGGGACCUUGUGGAGGUUGAUCCAGCGCUACUUGUCCCAACGACCUUCCCCCGUUUCUAACGACCGUUACGCGACCCACGAGAACACGCCUCCACCAUCGCAACGCCAGCAGCAACAUCCUCUGUCGCAGACUGCACAAGAGCCUCCAAGCAGGCUCUCCACCCCGUCUUCACAGCGCAAAUCUCUUCGCCGCACGCCGAAAUUCGACUCUGCACCUGUACCCAAUCACCAACCGGAGCGUCGGGUUCACAUCGCCGCCGCCUCGGCUGGCUUCUACCCGAGCAUUGUAUCGCUUUCUCACGACUCCGAAUCGUCUAUAACUGGGCUUGGGUUGUCGCUGUUUGACGAGUCCAACGAGGAUAAGCGCCAGCGACCUCAAACCCAGGAGCCGCGUCACGAACGCUCUGGCUCUGCGGGAAUCCAGAACCCACCGGCAAGACCUCAGCUCAGAGUCCCUCGUAUUUCCAAGCAUACUCACAACGCAAUCCUCUUCGCUUUAGAGGAGGCUCUCCGUCAACCUCGCCCCUUCACAGCCGACGAAAUCGAAGAGACUGCCAGCAUGUCUGAUCUCAUGACUGGUGGCCUUCCUGCCACGUCUAAUGGCACGGCCCUUGGCCCUGGUCGCAUGCCAGCCGCUGCUCCCGCGCCGACGAGCUCGCCAUCAGGCAUUAAAGGUCCUAGGGCGAUCAUGCAGGAGCGAGCAGCGAGAGAAGCGCGCCAGAGAGCGGAAGCACGGCAGAGAGCUGAAGUUGAGCAGCAGGCAUUGGAGAAGAGCCGUGCGGAACAAGAGGCGCGAGUGCAGCAGGAGACGGAGCGUCGCAAUGCAGAGCGGCGCGCUGCUGGCGUUGCUGCUGGCCAAGGCAUUAAUGCCGAAGCUCAGCAUUCUACUAAUCCUUCACACCUAGACCAGUCACAAGCUCCGCGAGCGAAUGUCGCGCCUAACCAGACCCUACCACCACAGCAGCGUCCGGCUCAGAUGGCGGGUAACCAGCAGCACCAUUCUCCUCCCCAGGCUUUCCCAGCCGGGGGCUCCUCAUCGCAGCAGCCUGCACCUGGAACACUUGCCAGCGAUGCGGCAAGCGAUCCCACCAAGCCACGCAACUCGUUUCCCCAUGCCUUUGAGCGAUGGGAAACGUUGUCUGCUCACUGGGAGGGACUGACGAGCUACUGGAUCCGCAAGCUUGAGCAAAACAAGGAUGACAUCAAUCGCGAUCCCAUGAGCCAGCAGCUGGCGCGACAGGUUACGGAUCUGUCGGCGGCUGGCGCCAACCUUUUUCACGCCGUAGUGGAGCUCCAACGCCUGCGAGCCAGCUCCGAGAGGAAAUUUCAAAGGUGGUUCUUUGAAACUAGAUCCGAAUUGGAGCGCGCCCACGAGGUGAAUGCCAUGCUGGAGGCAGCUCUCGAAAAGGAGAGGAGGGACCGUGAGCAAGCAAUCCGCGAUGCUGUCGAGCACGAGCGCGGAGUGUCCAAGACUCAGAAGCAGCUGGUGGAGAUGAGAAAGGAGCUUGCCAUCUCAAAGGAAGAAGCCCGCCGGGCUUGGGAGGAACUUGGACGUCGUGAACAAGAGGAGCGUGAUAGGACGCUGUCUCUCCAGUCAGGGCAUCCCACGGUCGUGGGCGGAGUUCAGGUAGUGCCAAUGACCCAUGGCGGCGGCCCCAGUCGACACAGCAGCACCAGGGAGCAAGGAAGCUACCAGUCUGAUUAUCAACGACCAUCUUAUUCCAUUGAGCAGCAGGCCCAGGGCCAAGGACAGACCACCGCAGGAAGCAGCAGCUCCGGACAAGGACAAUACCGAUCUGGCCACCAGGAAGAACCGAGCCGUCGUGCAGGCGCUGGCUCCGAGGGCGGUUACAGCGAAGGUGAGUACCUUAUCGAUGCGCAGGGAAACUUCAUCCUAGACGGGGACGGACUUAGAAUUCCCUUCGCUGCGCCGCCCUCAACGUACACAGGUUCUGAUUUGGAUCCAGAAGACUACGACACCCCGGCCACGACAAACCCCAGCGGUGCGAACAUGCCCUCGUCAACAUCCGCCCCGCAAAGCCAAUGGACCGGUGCCUAUUCGAACCCUCAGGAUUAUUCCGGCCAGGGCUAUGGGAAUGCUGGAUGGGAAGCGGUGCCUCGGCAUCAUCACCCUACUCGACUGAGCGACGUUAUGGAGGAAGAGGAUGAGAGAAGUCGGACCAGCGCCAGCCACAGCCGAAUUUAG